GAUUGUUCACAGGUACGGCGGGAACCAAGUUGUGUGUAUAUUCACGCCCAUAUUUCCAAGCUGAAACCCAUUAUCGUUCGAGAACACGGACUCACAUGCUCUGCGACCGGAACAAGCAGUUUCUGCGCAAUGAGUGAUGCUCGCUGCGAUAGCGAUGCCGCGCAUGAACGGCCGAGGUGACGAGAGUAUCCUUUCGGUCUUCCCGCCGCGAGCACAUACAGUUCCAACGCCAGAUGGGACGCCUACGAUCGGGUCAUUGUCAUCGCCAGCCAGGCCUUUCGGCGGCUUCGCGGCUGUUGACGAACAGCAGCCCGUAGAUGGUGUUGUCAAAUUCACUCGCGCCUGGAGCGUCGUGACGCGUCAUUUGAGUCCGCCGGCAGGAUUACAUAGGACCGCCAAAUUCCGUAGUCCUUCAAAUGAGAUCAAGUCGGCGUUCCAUUACCUUGUAAGCGACGACUCGUCGAGGUCCGAUCUGACAACAUGGUAUCGAUCCGAGAUCAAUACUCAUUUCCAAAGAGAUGUGGCUCAAGAGUUGCGCGCCUGGAAAGAGCCGAUCCUCCUCGGCGACAUUCACAACGUUCUACUUAACACAGUGAUGGUGCUGGAGAAGGCUCAAGCAAUCUAUCUGAGAGUCAACGAUCCUCUGCUUGAAAGCCAAGAUCUCUUCCACGAUGAUUUUCUUCAAAGCCUCAAGCGCGCCGUUCACGCGCUCUUUCUACAUUACCUUCCAUAUACGAGGCUGGAAAUUGCUCUAGCGUAUCUCACGUUGGACACUUUGAAGUCGAGUCUUCAUUCAGAGAACGAUCCGGAAUUCUGUCUUCAAUCUGGCUGGUGCCACUGUACAGUGGCUUUGGACAUUGAAUUGCUGAAACGAGUUCAGCAGGUUGGCUUGGGCGGUGACCUAGCAGAGCGGGCACUUGCUCUAGCGGUGCAUGACUUUUUGGCAGGCCCUGCAAUUCAGAGGCGAUGUUUCGCUGUAGAAUGGAUCGCUAGGGGCACUGUUGCUGGUCGGCUCAAGGGUUGGAUCCGAGAGUGCUUCUUCCCAAUCAUUGCAGAAGCUAUGUCUGUACUGGAUGGUGAACUUUCCCACUCAAUAGCCGACAAGCUCGACAUCGAGCAAAUGAUAACGAUGGCCAUGACAUGCCUCGGCCGAAGUCGUGUCGCAGCAAUAUAUGAUUACGUCAGGACGUGGCCUGACAGUCAAGGUGCACUUCUCGACAUUAAAGAAUAUCUCAGCGAAGGCAGCAUCGCUGUCAAAGCACACUUAUGCUCAAGCUUCUCCGAGCAGGUUCGAAGGCGUUUGCUUCAUGCUGGAGCCAGUACGACGGAGAUUCUCGGAGUCUACAUCAGCGUCAUCUCAUCGUUGAAGCUCUUGGACCCUCGUGGUGUCCUUCUAGAGAAGGUCGCCUUUCCGAUCAGGGCGUAUCUGCGAAGCCGAGAUGAUACUGCGAACAUCAUCGCGCGAAGCUUCCUGGCCAGAAUCGAUAGCUCAGGUCAAAUCGUGGCUGAUCAGCAUGACGAUCAAGCGAUAUGUAUCGACAUCACCAGAGAAAUGGCAAGUUGUGCACUUGACGCUCAAGAGACAGGGACGUUGAACUGGGCGGAUAUGGAUUGGACGCCGGAUCCUAUUGACGCUGGACCUGAAUUCAAGUCUUCGAAAACGGACGAUGUCGUGGCACAUAUUUUUGGCCUCUUCGAUCACGACGAUCUCAUCAAAUCAGUCACGAUAGCGUUCGGAAACCAUCUCAGAGGGACUGUAGACCCGGAACUCAUCAUGGAGACGAAACUGAUCGAAUUGCUCAAAUCUCGACUGGAUGUUUCCAAACUUCAGGCCAUCGAAGUCAUGCUCAAGGAUGUUCGAGAGUCGAUCGUCCUCAACCGACGCGCCAACCCUCAACAACACCGCACCAACUUCUUGGCCGAGCCUGACGCAAAGGAGAUCGCAGCAGCCCUCCCUGCGGACGGUAUCACCCUUCACGAGCUAUACGGCCGGUUCAAAUCACGCAUGUCCCUUCCGAAAUUCACCGCAGUGGUGAAGCUCACCGCGCACAAACGUGGAGAUCUCUACUAUUCCAAACGCAACCGACUCCCCCUCUCCGAAGAGGAACCCCAAUCGUCCUCCCACGCACACGAGGAAAUCCAAUUCGACGCCAAAGUCGUCUCGGGAUAUUUCUGGCCGCAAGAACUAGAGAAGAGCCAAGCGAACUGGAGCCUGCCCGGCAUCCAAGCGCGCAAGGAAACCUACGCGGAGGUCUUCGCCAACAGCGGCGGCCAGCAGAAGCUCGAAUGGGCCGCCGAGCACGACACCAUGGACCUCGAAUUGGAGCUCGAGGACCGCACCGUCCACCUCCGAGGCGUGCUCGCCUGGCGCUGGGCCGUCCUCGACGCCUUCAACGACCAGGGCCCCGAGGACGCCGACGCGUCCAAGAGCAGCGCAGGCUUCAGCGCGGCGGAGAUCGCCGAGCGAACCGCGAUGCCCGAGGACAUGAUUUUCAGCGCCAUCGCGUUUUGGGUGAGCAAAGACAUCCUGUACCAGCGCCGGCCCGGGCACUACGCGAUCCUCGAACGCCGGGACCUCGACGUCGAGCAGCAGCAAAGGCAGCAGCAGCGACAUCCCCGGGACGACGACGGCGACGGCGACGGCGACGGGAUCCCCGCGGCGGGAGACGACCCCAUGCUGGAGGAAUCCCUGCUGCAGAUCAACCUCGACGAUGCCGCGUUCCGGAGGGCCGCGCCGAUGAUCGAGGUGUUCAUCCAGAACAUGCUGAAGGCCGGGGGCGGACGGAGCGUGGCGGGCCCGACGGGGAUCACGAUGAUGUUGACGAUGAUGAUGCCCGGGUUUUCGUACGGCGAUGACGAGGUCAUGAGGGUGUUGGAGGGGAUGAGGGCGGGCGGGGCGGCGACGGUGGAGGGGGAGCUGUGGAGGAUCGUGUGAGGAGGAGGAGAAGUCCCCGACGACAAUCGGUCUGGUCUGGAUGACGUCGGGACUCAAUGCCAUCCAUCAUCGUACCGGGAGGGAGAGAACGUGGAGAUGGCGAAUCGAAGAGUUGAUGUGGAAAUUUCAAAGUUUCAUUCGAUGCACGGGUGAGCUCUUUUCAACAUCUUCUUUUCUUUUUUCCGAAGAAAGCCCUCGCCGUUGCUUAUAGUACAGGGUAUCGUUACAUGUAUAUCUUUGUUGCGAAGAUAGAAGAACCGCACAUGAGUGUCCUCCCGAAAGAAAAGAAAAGCCCCGCCAAUGAAUCGCCAAUCCCGUCCCAAGUGCAGAAAGAAACACUCCACUCGUUUGCGCCAUGCACCUUGAUUUAGGCUCUAGCGAACAUAGAAGUGCGUUGAAAGAAAAACAGUUCGGUCAUGCUGGCUGGAUCAGAGAGACUUCUCGU